AUGGCUCUCCAUACAAGCACUGUGAUCUCCAGAAAAGUCUCAGACAUCCUGGCCCACGUCAGCCGGGUACACCUCGCUUUCCCGGACCAUAUCCCCCUUUACUCGCUUUCGGCUACUUCCGAGGUAGACUCGAGAAACCUGCAGGAUCUUGUUUCAAGCGUAAGCGCGCUAUCCCCACAUUCAGUAGGAUGUCUAUCCGCGCCCAUACCCUCGAGCAGCCCGGCUCUGCAGGCUAGCAUAGCGUGCUCGAUGGCUAUGUUUCGCAAGGACCAUGCUACGGCUUUCAGAAGUGAUUUACCCGGGAGGAGCGCACCUCAAGUCGGUCGAUGGCACGCAUUCCGGAAAAAAGACCAGACUGGCUUUGGUACCGGAGAGACCGUCCAAGCCGAGACCGAGAACGUCAACUGGGACGAUGUGUGGGCGAAGAACGUCGACGUGCCUUCCCUUCCUUCCGAGCUGCAAGCCAUACCAGCAGAUGAGGCGCAUACAAUCAUCUAUCUGUCUGACGGCUCCCCGGAGGGCCUUUCAAACUCGCUCCAAGCACUGCCCAUGGCUACCAAGAUAGGGCUCAUCGCGUCUUCCACGCCAUUCAUCACCGGCCGGCCAUAUACCCUCUUUCAUGGCAAAUCAGUGUACUCGUCUGGUGCAGUAGGCCUCUGCAUCCACUCAUCUUCUCGUCCGGAGCUACACGUAGACUUUCCGGGUAUGCAGGCCCUGACGCCGCCCAUGGUCAUUACAGAAUCGGAAGGAAACCUGGUCCUCGCGCUGGACGAUGAAAACCCAUCGCGCGUGCUCCUCUCAGCAAUCGAGAGCGGAAGGAACUUCUCGGCGACAGACGACCAAAGCGCGAAGCUUCUCAAGGUCAUGAAAGACGACACGUUCUUCCUCGGCACUCUCGAACCUGGCACCUCAAAAAUACGCCAAGUCUACCAUAUAAUCUCCGGAGACCCUGCUCGAGGUUCGCUGGCGAUGGAGAGCGAUUCCGCGCCCUCUCAAAGAACGAAAGUCCAGAUCUUCCGCUCGCCCGCGCACGCCAACUCGAAUAUGCUGUCUCGCUUUAAGUUGUCCUCGAGCGAGAACGGAAGUCUGCGGCGAAUGGCGUUCGCAGUCGCGCCAUCAGACCCUAUGCACGGCGAGUCUGGGGACCACGGCGAGACUGUAAUACUCGAAGACACGUUCUUGACAGCGUCGGAGAACGGGUUCGUCGUCGAUCGCCACGCACCUGGUGGGACAGAGCGCGAGCAGCCUUGGAUGUGCAAGCUACCGGGAGCUGUAGCGGAGCUGCGGUGGGUCUCGGCGUCGUAG